CUGUGAUACGUAUUGUGACGUACCAAUACAUCCUGACCUUCUGUCAAGCCUUAGGCGUUCGUCGUUUAAACCUCGCUUGGACUUCAUAUUUUCCUCUCUCGUGUCUGCUUCUUCUUCAUCUCUCCUCCGCCAGACACCACAAUUCCCAGCCAACAAUCUCUCUCUUGCAGGAAUCCCCGUGUGUCGUGUGAGUGUGUCAACGAGAUGCCUUUGCAGCAUCUCGCCCGGGAUUGCUAAGCCAGACCACCCUCCUCUCCCUCUAGCUCGUUUCCCCCGGCUCCUCUCGGAUCUUGAUAGGCGAAUUUUGUUCCUGCCUCGUUCUUCUGUGCUACUUCCAACUUCCUCUAUAGCACAGCUUCAGUCCAGUUGCGAAAACAGCGUGCGCAGUGUAGCCCUAUGUCCGCUGCCCUACCCGCGUCGCUCGCCCACUCUCCCGUAACCUAAAUCCUAAAAUUCAACACCGGGUCUCCAUUCGUCAAUCCACGGCCCGUCCAGUCUUUCGAUCCUGAGAUGCCUCGUCGACCUAACAAUCCUUUCACCAACAACUCCCCUUCUUCGCCGCCGUCCUUUUCGUCCGCGAACGAAAAGGGCGGCAUUCCUACUAACCAGGCACGGUCUUCCUCUGCGAAACCUAACCGAUUGAGCCAGCUCUUUUCUACUUCGCCCAAGGGUAGAAUAGAAGCCCAGACGGCUGCUCAAGCCGCGCUCAUUGCUGCAAGCGGAGGCUCCCUCAACAAUCCGAACACUCCUCAGAUCAGUUCGCCGUCGCUGUCCCUACCCACUAUCUCUCUUUCCACCGCAACUGCGGACAGUACCAACAUGAACGUGCCUCCAACCACUCUCUUUCAACCCCCAUCGGCGGGGGAAUCCCGUCGCCUAGCUAGGCAACACGCUCAAUUUGGCCCUAUCGGACACCCUAGUCACCGAUAUACCUCGAAGCACCAAGGGGGUGAAUUCCCUGAACCUAUUAUGGAUGAGCCGCCGUACUACUAUCUUUUUACCACCUACAUCAGUUACCUAAUCCUAAUAGCUUUUGGCCACGUGCGCGAUUUUUUUGGGAAACGAUUCAGAGAAGAAAACUAUAGACAUCUCAAACCUAGGAACGGAUACGGCGCGUUAAACAGUGAUUUUGACAACUUCUACAUCCGCCGCCUCAAGCUGCGUAUUAAUGAUUGUUUCGAGCGGCCGGUAACUGGGGUCCCUGGAAGAUAUAUCACGUUAAUCGAUCGGACCAGCGAUGACCACAAUCGCCACUUUCGCCUUACUGGCACUUACACCGACACUUUGAAUAUGAGCUCAUAUAACUACCUUGGUUUUGCACAAUCAGAGGGCCCCUGCGCCGACGCAGUUGAGGAAACUAUUAAACGAUACGGUAUCAGCUCCGUUGGCACCAGGGCGGAUGCCGGCACCCAGGACAUCCAUGUCGAAGCGGAAGACCUUGUUGCCAAUUUUGUGGGGAAGGAGGCUUCCAUGGUGUUUUCCAUGGGCUUCGGGACGAAUGCUAGUGUUUUUUCAGCUCUAGUUUCAAAGGGAUGCCUGAUCAUUUCCGAUGAAUUGAAUCACGCGUCAAUCCGUUUUGGUGCGCGUUUAUCGGGUGCGUCCAUCGAAAUCUUCAAACAUAACGAUGUGAAGGCGCUGGAGAAGAAAUUACGAGAGGUCAUUUCCCAAGGUCAGCCGCGUACGCAUCGCCCGUGGAAGAAGAUCCUCGUUGUUGUUGAAGGGCUUUAUUCCAUGGAGGGGACCAUGUGCAACCUUCCCGGCAUACUUGCGUUAAAGAAGAAAUACAAGUUCAACCUUUUUAUCGAUGAAGCGCACUCAAUUGGUGCAAUCGGACCUAGAGGAAGGGGUGUUUGCGAUUACUUUGGCGUCGAUACGAAAGAUGUGGAUAUCCUCAUGGGCACGCUGACCAAGUCCUUUGGCGCCAAUGGUGGUUAUAUCGCCGCGGAUAAAGUCAUUAUUGACAAGCUACGAGCAUCGAAUCCGGCAGUGUUCUACGGCGAAGCGCCCACCCCGCCAGUUAUUGCCCAAAUUAUAACUUCUCUUAGGAUAAUCAGCGGUGAGAUCGUCCCCGGCGAGGGCGAAGAGAGGUUACAGAGACUUGCGUUCAAUUCCCGAUAUCUUCGCCUUGGUCUUAAGCGCCUUGGUUUCAUCGUCUACGGCCACGAUGACUCCCCUAUUAUCCCUCUCCUACUCUUCAACCCAGCCAAAAUGCCCGCCUUCUCCCAUGAAAUGCUCAAACGCAAAAUCUCCGUCGUCAUCGUUGGGUACCCCGCCACACCGCUGGUAUCCUCACGAGCUCGCUUCUGCGUUUCCGCUUCGCAUACCAAAGAGGAUCUUGACCGCUUACUACUGGCUUGCGACGAAGUUGGGAAUGUUCUACAGCUUAAAUUCUCAAGCGGGGUUGCUGGCGGAGCACUGCCAUCGGAAAUUGACUAUACAGUCGAAGAUGAGCAGAAUGACAAGCAGGGACGGCAGAAGCCGGCUGGGAAAAAGAAGGUCGCUCCUAUUACCCCUCCCCGAUGGAGAUAUGAAGAUGUGGUCAGGCGGGGCGUGCAGGAUGUGAAACUUCCACUGCGAUAACAGGCCGUCUAUCUAUUAUUACAAACAUUUGGAUAAGCAGCUCGGUUUGGAUAUGUGGGUUGGUUGGUUUAUGCCGAUCAAUUGUGAAUUUCGUCGGUUUUUACUUUUGCCGGGUUCUCUCUUCGGAAGGGCAUUCUAUGUCUCAAAAGCGCCUUUUACUCAUCGGCUACCGCGUAUGAGUCGAGUUUGUGUAUUCUUUAUAUUAUCCGUUGACUCUUGGGUAUAUUGAUUGAUUGGGUGUUGGAGGUUUGUUUUAUCUGGGGCGGGGAGGGGGAUUGUUGACGGUGUUCUAUUUCUUCCCCUCUGAUGUUUCUUUCCUUUCUACCUUUCGGCCUUAAUAAUACAUAAUUCUAGAUUGAGAGAGAGAAGGCGGAGAAGGGGAAACAACUGACUGGGCGUUUGCUACUGUGUGUUCCCAGGUUGUUGUUUUUUGCCUCUCCUACCCUUUUUUUUCCUCUUAUUGGACUCCCCCUGUUGAAUAUGAGAUGUUUCUUUUUAACGCAUACCAUGGUUUGCUUAUGUUGCUGUCUUGGCAGAGCUGGGUGAAGGGAUAACCUUGCGUCUUCUAUCUCUUUUUUUCAAUCGGGUGUAAUUUCUCCCUUUCACCCGCCGGUCAACCAAACUGGUAGUUCUGGGUUCGCACUCUGCACUCCCCAGCCGGGGAGGAAGGCAGGGAUAAUUCAAAACACUCUAUAAACGAAAAGGACGAUAGAAAGCAAGAAACCGGAUGGGACCUCGUGCGGCAAGCUAACCCAAAAAAAAAAGAGAAAAGUCUACGCUGAGGGUACACAGAACCUACCCGUCAAGCAAACAAAACGUAUCAACGGAAGUAGUUGGUUCACCAGUGAGCUACACAGAGAGAGAAAGAGAGAGAGAGAAAGUGUCCAUCCGGAAUGCCGUUUCGUGGAACGAGAUACUUUGUCUCAUCAAGGUACAAACUACACCGCAUCUGUCUAUCAAGCAUCUGGGAGAACCAUCCCACCGCCCACUCCAUGAUAUCUGACACGCUUCCAGCUCGUUUCAAAUAUCAAUCCCGUUACGAAUGCUAGGCUUUUCGUAGCCCUCCCUUUCCCCCUUUGGGUUAAUGAUUGAUUGAAUUGAAUUGAACUGAUUGGUUUGCUUUAUCAUACCAAGAAAUGCAAGUACAAAUACAAAUACACCCCUUCUGUUGGGUGAAUAUAUUUGCAAGGCCUAUUUCGGUGAUGUGACUCCUUGCCAAUAAUGAGUGCUGUGUUCCCAGCCCAACUGGCCGCGGUCUCAUGUACACAUACACAUAUAUGGCCCCGUCUACUCAAAACCCAUCAUCAUUGAUCGUUCACUACUCAGAUGAUGGGGUUUUCACCGGGUUUUAGUUUUGCGACUGUUUUCACGUUCUACGGAAUUCUUGUGACACGUUUUGCUGUUAUUUUUGGUAUUUUUUUCUUCUGCGGCUGUUUGCUUCCCUGGAAACUGUCAUAAUACCUCUCUCUCUAAUGUGUUCGCACCCAUCAAAGACGCACCUCUUUUUUCCUCAACCACCCCCAAAGCAAGUUCAAUCAAUUCAAUCAAACACUAAUGUGAUUGUAUAGUAGGUAUAGGAGACUUGCUGACGCCUGGCAGGUGCUGGACAGGUAAUGGCCGCUAGCUGCUGGGUUUGAUGGUCUGUUUGAUCACUUCUAUUUUAUAGCUAUAAUAUUUGAAUUGGGUGUAUGUAUGGCUUUCUCCGACAUUUUGCUCUCCUGUUCUCUCAGGAUCUUGUUUGUUGACUGUCUGAGUAUUUGAUAUUCGCAACUAUUUACACAGCCGGCAUCUCUACUCGCCCUUCAAUCUAAUUUCGUCUAUUUGCUUACCUACUUUCUUACUUGCCUGUUACACAUGCUUUCUCUUGCUCAGUCUCUCCUUUGCAUCUCGCGUAAUGGAAAGCAGAAACAAUCAGGAAACGCGGCGGGAAGGCCACGGAAUCCAUAAGCUAUCCAUGGAUGCAAUGAUCAUCUCCAGAUUAUUCUAACACUACUUUGCCCUACGGGCACGUUUGCUACUCCUACUCGUAGCAAAGUCCCGCUGUCGUUUGCGCUGUUUCUUUCGCAUGGACCUACCUACCACCAUCUGCGUUCCAGCUUCCCACCGAAUGCCCUAUAAAAGGAGACACGACGUCUCCUCAAAUCCCCUCCAUUUCUUUACAUUCUCCAUUCUUCCAUCACGCCCUUCUCAUUGCUUGUAUCCCUCAGACUCAUAUAAGGGGCCCGAAACACAGCCCCAGAAGACAUUAUAUAUUAUAUAUGGGCAAAUCCUACCUUUCCACAUCCAAUAUGGUGGAGCAUGGGCUUUCUACUUGAAGGCAGUCAUUUCUACCUCCGCGUGGACUCCCGCGAUGAAGCUCCCAGCCAGCUCAGCCGUUCGCUCUGGAGAUGUCCGUCAUACACGCUUCCUUUUUCCUCAUGCAUCCUUCAACAAUAUAAUGGCUCUCCGUCCAGAUCUACAGGCGGGUAUGCAGCAAUUUUGUCUACGGCAGUAAUGACGACGGUGAUCACCCAGAGGACCGAAGGAUAAUGCGGAUACCGAUUGCAGCAUGACAACACGGUAUCUUACUUCGCUCUCUCCCCUUCGUGUUGCAGGCUGUCUAGUCUUCGUGGGAUGCACGUUCUACCUCGUUUUGCUCUCCUGCUGUGUUUGGGCCGGUUGGCGUCGGGCACAGACAAAAAGCGCACGCCCAGCCCAUAUAUACGUUUUCGCCGUUUCUUGGUUUCUUAGAUGUCAUUUCUUGCAACACUGGGCAGAAGUACGGAAAGAGAUUUGUUGAUCUGGUUUCAAAAUUGCUCUGAGGUUGCUGUUCGUGUUCACUUUGUUUUGGUUCCCACAUUCCCCAUUUUUGCAUGUUUUGCCGUUGCUUAUAUACCCUCCCCUAUGAUCGAUUUUUCGGGGCCGAGUACUUAUGCCGUAACUGCUAGCCCCUUUCCCGCACCAGCCCUUGUUAAGUUAUAUACAUUACUCUCGUUCUCAUGUGGGCCUUUCCCUCACAAGCCCCCGUUUUUUCCUUUCUUUUAUUCCCCCCCUCCUAGGAUAAGACAACUUGCAGCCCUUCCAUUCCCACUGAAAUUAACUGCAUGGAGUCCAAAGUCGCCCAACUACUGGUCGGUUCACCCACCAGGUAUAAUUUACACUACUCCAACACUGUGCAAGGAUGCGAUAUACACAACUGAUGUAUUUGCCUGCUACGUUACCCGUGAUUGGUAGUUUGGGAUGGCGAGUCAACGCCCGGAUAACCCCCUCGAUAUAUAAAGUAGCAACGCGAUAGGGCAAGCCGGUACGUAACGCGGAGAAAGAUUGCUAAUUCUUCCUGAAAACGUAUUGAUUCUCUCCUCGUUCUUCGAAUGGCUCGAGCCCUGGAUUUUUUUGGCACCGGAACCGCCUUGGUGGGCGAAAUUUAUUUCAGAUUUUCGAUCAAUCCGGCUUGUCAAACUUUCCCAAUGAGGUGGAUUGAAAAUGGGCAUUAUUGGAUUCAACCAACCAGUCUAUCUAGGGAACGUUCUCGAAAUAUAGCGAUUUACAUUUUAUUCGAAUUGUAAACAUGUACCACUCCUGCAAGUGGGGAAAAAGAGGAUGCUUAGCAUAUACCGUUAAUGCCGAAGGGGAGAAUCCACUGGCAGAUAUACAGGGGAAGAAGGAAGGCAGUGAUGCUCGGGCCGCGAGGAUGUGCAGAGCAAUGAUCUGCGUGCCCGGAAUUUCCCUUGCUAUAUAUAAACUCGUGCUAGGGGGAGGCAUCAUUGACACAAAUGAGACAAAUAAGUGUCGGGUUCGGGGUAAUUGGCGAAGCGAAAGAAGCAGGAAACUCCCGCAACGCAAGCAUAGUCACAACAGACGAAGGGGGGCAAACUGACAGGACAAACCCGAUGUGUACUAUCGGGAACUAUCCGUCGCUGCCGCCUUCAAAACUAUACAUAUAUAUAAUAUGUCAUUUUCCUAACAGCCAUCCUCCUUCUCCAACUCGUCGUUUACUCUCAGAAACAUAGCUAUACAUCUGACAAUAUCCACCAAAAUUCGGCGAAACCAGACCUAUACUAUAACGAAUCCCACUCCCAAAAGUUAUAUAUAUAUACGAUUAUAUACGAUAGCAUCGUCCCUCCAUUAUCUUGUUUGUGUUGUUCCUUUUUUGAUAUCCCAAGCUCAAGCUCAGGCUCAGAAGGCCGGUUCUAGUUGAGCUGCGAUUUUCAUAGUUUGGUCUCCUCCGGCCCCAACCCGUUGGAAUCGAACAAUUCACUGCCUUCGAGUGUGAAGCUGUUUCCUACUUACCAAACUGCGCACAAUCGAGUCCGUAUAAAUACAUGCAACGCCUACCACUUCAUUCUAUCAACAACUUAGAAAACCACAAACAACCUUCAACAAACAUACAAAGAAGAAAAACGGAAAUCCAAACACUAAACCACUGACUGAUACUCAAAUCAAGAGAACAUAAUCGAAACCAAUAUCUCUCAUAUCCCGUUGAAAAAACUGAUUGCCUCAAAAUACCAUCCUCAUUUAUACAAACAAAAACACACCAAAAAAGAAACACCAAAAUGUGCCACCAAAAAAUGCGUCAUCACAGCUGCGGCCACGUCGGCCCCGGCAACUUCACCCGAUGCCACCGAUACGGUUCAAAACAAUUCCCUUGCAAAGUUCACACCAUCCAUAUCCAGUGGCCCUCCCCGUGUCCAAACUGUCGCAGGGCAUCAUAAAAAAGCUGGCAGGUGUUCCUACAUACUUGUAGCUCUGCAGUGGCUAUGAGGCCUGCGUGGUCUACAUUUUGCGGAAGGUUUUUUUGGAGGCUACGCGCUACUUCUUUGCUUGCUUUUCUUUUUGCUCUUUUCCUUUUUUUUUUUUUUUUUUUUUUUUUUUUUUUUUUUUUUUUUUUUAUUAAUCCUUUACUUCUCUGUUUCUUUCACCUUCACCUUUCCUUUCCCAGGUGACUAUUCGUGUCAGCCAGUUCGCUUGUCUUUUUUUGCUUUGUUGUGUUUACCAGCAUCUGCAUGUGUGUCUGAGUGAACUUUAUGACUAUGAUUUCUACUAUGAUUGGAAUUCUUUUCUUUUAACUUGUGCAAUGUGAACCUAAGUUCAUUUCCCUCCUUUUUCUUGUCGUACGCUCUAAGUUUCCUUGAUGAGGCAACUGACCUUCUGGCCCCCUCUAUUUCGACCUCACAAAGUUAAUAAUGAAAAUAAUAAGACCAUAUGUCAAACUUGCGACUAGUCACCUUUCCUGAAUAUAUCUACAAAUCGUAAAAUGAAGUAGUAAUGUAAAACCAAAGUGUUAUCUAUGAAUUUGCAGCCUAUUUAUAAAUAGCCCCACUAGAGCCUC